AUGCCGUCAAACCAUAAGCAAGGCGGCAAGGCCUGGAAGGGUUGCAUCACUGAAGUUCUUACAAAAGCCGAGGAUGAGCGCGAGGCUUCCUGUAUAUUCGUUGUCUUAAUUUUUUGUGUAGGUUGGACCCCGUACAUAUCAAGAGUUUUAAGUGGCCGUCUUACAAACUCGCAUUUUCUGAGUACAUACAAGAAACCUAGAAGAACAAUUGUGUCACGGAAAGUUGAACUCGAGCUGCGCCUUGUUUGGGUCAUAUAUGGGGCGGAACUGUUCGAAAACCCAGACAGGACAACAUUAGAUCCGUCGUUCAAGUGGUUCCGGCACUGGGAGGGUCCGUUCCCACUCGAAACCGCGCGAUACAUAUUCCCCACUGAAUACAAGCAAGCCGCCGAGGAAUGA